AUGUAAAUAUCAACAAGAAUCAGCAAGAUUUUCAAAAGGAGUCUGGGCCGCGUUUGCUCAUUUCUCAAGGUUUUACGAAAAUCUGGUCGAAUGUUGCAAUAAAGAUGGAACAAGACGAUAAUAAGGAGAACAUAAUAACGGUGGGCUGUAAUAAGGCGGACAGAAUGGCAAAGAAAGAGAUGAAGAAGAUGCCUGACAUUGAGGAAUUCCAGUUCUUGAAGCCAAUCAGUCGUGGAGCAUUUGGGAAAGUAUUUUUGGGCUGCAAGAAGGAUAAUCAAACUCAGCUAUAUGCCAUCAAAGUUGUCAAGAAGUCGGAGAUUGUAAAUAAGAAUAUGGUUGAGCAGGUGAUUACGGAGAGAGAUGCGUUGGCAAGGACGAAGAGCCCAUUUUGCGUGCAGCUUUAUUAUUCCCUUCAGACAGUCUCCAAUGUGUUUCUGGUGAUGGAGUACCUUAUUGGUGGUGAUUUAAAGUCCCUCCUGACCAUAUAUGGUUAUUUUGAUGAGCUAAUGGCUACAUUUUAUGCUGCAGAGUUGGCUCUAGCCCUGGACUAUUUGCAUAGCCAUGGCAUAGUUCACAGAGAUGUAAAGCCUGACAACCUUCUGCUGGACAACAAGGGUCACCUCAAACUCACAGAUUUUGGAUUAAGCAAAAUUACUUUCCGCAAAGACAUUACUUCUGGGACACCGACGGCCUCCACCAGGCCGGGGCUCAAUUACAUGCGAACUCCUGGCCAAAUUCUCUCCCUAAAUUCUCACUUAUCAUUUAAAUCAGAGGAUAACACCCUUCAGAGUCCCUGUUUAAGUGAUCAGAGUAGUUCCAGCGUGAUAAGUGUCCGGCGUGCAUCCCCCAGAGGUCGCAGUGCUAGUCGUUUGGUUCUCAGGUCUGCAGGAGGGACACCGCUUACUCCAGUAAAUAAGCUCCAUGGCUCUUACAUUAGUCCAAGCAUACUUGAUAGAAAGAGCAGUAUUUCUAAUCCACUUUCAGCCCUAACUCCCACCAUCAAGAAAUCUCUGGCUAAUUUUCAAGGAACACCAUGUAUUCAAUCUUCUGCAAUACCACAUGAUUUGAAAAAGAAAAUCCAUUUUAGCAGUGACGGCACUCCAAGAAAGGAAGACGAAAAGGAGAUUAAGAAAAAUAACUUUAAUAAAUGUGAUCGUCCAUCUCAACUUUUUCAGUCCUCAGGAACUCCACACUCUUGCUUUUCAAAAAAUCUAGUAGAUUUGAAAAAGCAAUUUGAUUUUAGCAGCGACGGCACUCCUAUAAAGGAAGAUGACAAUGAAAUUAAGAAAAAGAACUUAAUUAAAUUUGAUUGUAUGUCUCAACAUUUGCAGUCCCCGAGUAAGUCUCCAGUUAGACCCCAUAUACCAUAUCGUUCCCCAAGAGAUGGCGAUCUUUCUAGUGACUUUGAUGUUUCCCUAUCCAGUGAUGGACAUGAGAGUGGCAUUCACCCCUUGCCUACUUAUGCAUCAAGAGACAACAGUCUUGAUGAAAUCAAGGAAGAGAUGUCUGGUGAUCUGCAGUCCUCAGAUUCAUCAAAUAUUAGUACCAGUUCCCCCAAGAAAUGUUCAACAAACAAUAAUAGCAUAGGUACUAUGCCAGUUCCACAUUCACCAAUACUGGCUUCAAAAACUUUAGAUAUUAACCCAAAUAAAGAGACUGACUACUAUAUGCACAAUACCAACCAAAAUUCUGAUUUGAAUUCUCAGAAUAACAACAGAAACUACGAUGAGGACUGUAAGUUCAUGGGUAAUCGGGAAGGGAAAACUGAAGAAUCAGAAGUAGACUGCACCACUUACGAUAAUGAAAGUAUGCUUGGGCCCGUCGUCGGAAAACGGAUUCGUACUUCCACUGAACACAGUGAUGUGUUCCCAGAAGAUGUAAUUUCUAGUGAAAUUGAAAGUUCAGAUGUCUUCAAUAAUGUUGUACCAAAAGAGCUUGCUCCGUCUGAAGAAUUAGAAGAUACCAAUGUUACGGUCACCAAUAAGUGUCACCCGAGAUUACAAGCUUUAUCUCAGCUUGCUCAUAACAUGUCACCCGUGGGACACCCAACUUUUGAUUUGUCUACUUUGUCAGGGGCUGUAUUCUCCAGAGAUAUAGCCACAAGUUCACCAAUUCCACCCAAUUUUGUAAGAAGUGAAGAGGUAGACAUCUCUAAUGAAAAUAUUGUAGGAUGUUCAGCAGUGCUGAAGUGCAAGCUAUCAACAACUGAACCCCAGAAGUCAUCUGAAAGCCGUUUACAUUCAUCCAAUCAAGAUGUCCCCAACUUUGGGCAUAUGUCUGAAUUUCCUUUGUCUGAUUUGUCAAAUCAUGUUAUAUAUGACAAAAAAGAAAGCACUAGAUUAGAAGAAUGUUUUAACUUCAUAGAAGGAAAUCAGUCUACCAUCAGUACCUUUCAGGAGUCUGGAAAUUUCAAGAUGCCAACACAGACAAGAGGCAUCAAGCGUGCUAUAGGUUCAACCACUACAAGCCCUCCCACCAAUGUUGUAAGAAGCAAUUUGACUACAAGCCUUACAGGAACCUUUGGAGUGUUGCAGGUUACCGGUCAAAUUCCUAAACGAAGAAACAUAAAAAGAAGCCCAUGCCACAUCACAUUUCAUGACCAAAGUAACACGUAUUGGAAUUCAACUAAUGACAAGGAAAACAAUGAAAAUAAAAGACCAAGUUCAUGUGUGAACAAUGUCAAAACUGAUUUGGAUGGGAGUGAAGAAGUUUUCUUUCCAUCUAAUGACACCCAAGUUAAUGACACAACUAAUAAGUUAGUGAGAUGGUACAGUGAAAGUGACAUGAGUAAUGACAUGUCAGAGAAGGACAACCCAACUACUACUGUUAACGACUCAUUAAACAGUCACCAUUCACAGCUGUUCUUCAGUUACCAUACUCCCGGUAGAAUACCUAGUGUGCCCAGCACGCCACUUCAGGACCGUGGUCAGACUCCACUACGUGCUCCCAAAAGUGUCAGAAGAGGAGCACACCCAGCUGGCACAGAGUCUCGAAUUCUGGGUACUCCAGACUAUUUAGCACCUGAACUUCUGUUACAUCUUGGACAUGGGCCAGCAGUGGACUGGUGGGCUUUGGGAGUGUGCCUCUUUGAAUUUAUGACUGGUGUCCCACCUUUCAAUGACGAAACUCCAGAGGCUGUGUUUCAUAAUAUCCUUCAUCGAGAUAUUCCCUGGCCAGAGGGUGAUGAGGUGCUCUCUGAAGCUGCUGUUGAAAUAAUAGAUAAGCUCUUGGCCUACGAUCCAAAAGUUCGGGCUAAUUUUGAAUCUAUAAAAUCCAGCUCCUUGUUUAGUUGCAUCAAUUGGCCCAACUUGAGGGAUAUACAAGCCCCAUUUCUCCCUCAGCCAGAUGAUGCAAUGGAUACCACCUAUUUUGAAGCUCGUAACAAUAUCCAGCACCUGACAGUGUCCAACUUUGAUCUGUGAAACAAACGCGUAGAAAAGAAGUCUGCACCUUUACCCUCGACCAGCAUCAGUAGUGCAACACCUCAACACCUGUUUUGCAGGGUAUAACCUACCAUGCAUGUUUUUCUGAAGCAGUGCUGUUAAGAUUUUCCACAUUACAGUGUUGUUGAUACUCAGAAGACAUCUCAAAUUCUGUCAGUGGACCCAACUCAACAUUUAGUAUUUUUAAUAAUAAUUUAAUAAUAGGAGAGGAAAUAAUGCCUAUAGGCUGUAUAUUUUUAAUUCAGUAUGUUAUUCAUUGCAUCGAAGUUUAUCCCCGUGUAUGUGGAUUUCAAUAAGGAAUACUAUUAUUUUGUAGUGUUGCAUGCAUGUGUUUGACUCCCGUGCCAGGAUAGCCUCCUGUCUCUUAAGAGAUCAUUAAUAUAGUGCAGUUAUUGGGGAGAAAGAAGAUAAUUAAUCAUGUGUAUGUAAUAUUUACACUAUGCAUGUGCUGUACACACACACAUACACACCACGUGUCUUGUUCACUGUGCCCACUACAUGCUACACAACACUCGAACACCAAAAAUAAUGCUAUCAUUCAGAACACUAGACACCACAUCAUUAUUAUUCUCAUCUUCAUUGUUACCCUUUUUCUUAUUUUCAUGGAAGCACGGCCCAACAGUGGUGGAACAGUAUAAAGGAUAUGGAUAUACUGUAUAUAUUUAUAUGCCUCAUACAUAUUCAACAUCAGAGAGGACAUACACAAUCACACUCAGCAAUUCUCAAUAACAUUAGGUGUCAAGUGCUUCUCAUAAGAUUACAUUAAAAAAAAGAAGUGUCAAAUAUACACUCCCGUUUAACAAUAGUGUCAAGUCUUGUUCUCUACCUCUCUGUGCUCACUUCAUUCUCUGCCUCUCACUUUUUCAUACUCAACCCCUCAUAUUCUCACACUCAACCUCUCGCCUCUUCACAUUCAGUCUGCAAUUCUUCACAUUCACUAAAUUUGCCAAACAUUUUGGCCUAUGGCUCUGACCCUCAAAUUUACUUGAAUUCACACUCUACACCAUUUGUGUGUCGUGAUCCAUUUUUUUUCAAAAGGCUAAACCAAGUUGGUACGCUCACACCUUAGUGUAAAGAUUGACUGGCUUCUGCACCCUAUAUCUUUCUGUAACAUUUGUAUAUCUUAUUCUAUCCUGAUGCUAGACUUGCAUCUCGGUAUUUAUUUUUACUGCUGUUGCUUGUGUUUGUGUAUGCUUCAGCCACACACACACGCACACAAAUUUCAUAUAGAUAUAUAUUUUCAUAUUUACAAUGUUGAUCCUCCUUUGGCCUUUUAAUGAGUUCGGACACUUGUCAGGAUUUGACCAUUCACACACGAAGCAUUUUUUGUGAUUAUGUAGCUUACAGUUAGACACCCAACAAAUCUGAAAUAAAGUAAAAGCAUUGAUGAAGUUUCUGUUCGCCAUUAUCACGUGUAAUGGGAGAAUUGGUAAUAGCCCAGGAUGGACUGAAACUUAAAUUAUUUUAUUUUAUUUUUGGAUUUGUGGAUUGGGUGUCUAAUUUUCAGCUGCUUUAUUGUGACUUACUGUCUGCAUGCAGCUUACAUUAGUAAACUGUUUUCCAGUUAUAUACAUUAAGUGUUCUUUUGGAUUAUUAUCUAGAGAUUGUGAUAGCUGUACAUGAACAUUUUAGGUAUCCUUGAUGGCUUGGUACUAGACUGGGUUAUAUGAUUUAAGACAUUAUACUGAAGGAAACUUUAUUUACAUCUAAGCUCAAGUUUCUUAGCAAAGGCAAUAGUUUUUGAUCAAAUAUACAAAUAUGCUAUAGAAUUUAUCUAUCCGUCUAUCCCAAACCAAAGCAGAUUUACAUCUAUAUUUCACAAAAUGGAUCACAUUCUUCUCGACAUGAGCAUAACUUUUUCUACACAAUAUUGUUCAUGUUCUUAAACAGAAAAUGUUUCUUUCAUCCUACUACAGAGUAGCAUAUCAGUGAUGAGUGUGACCAUGGGUGAAAAUUUAAUUUACUACUUAUGAUAUGCACAUGAGUAGUCAUUUUAAAAUAUCAGUCAUUAACUCCCUAUUAGUAUAAUGAGUCCACCAAACCUUAUUUCCAGCCUUUUUAUGUUCUGCUCACACUCAAUCCUAAUUCAGGAUUGAGUGUACACACACAUACUAAUUCAGUCUGAACACACAUUUCUUACCGCUCUACAGUAUCAUCAUCAAUUCAGUUUGAUCAAAUCAUCUUGACUCAUUUUAGAGUUUUAUGUUAAGUUUACCAACUUGCACUUCAUAUAUGGAUUGAUAUUUUAUUUCGUAGGCAGUCCAAAUGAUUGGACACAAUUCCUUUUUUUUUAUCCUUUCCCAGAUGCUUGACUUCAUAUCCCUCCUAUGUGGCUUAGUGCUCUCUCCUCAUAUUUACCUUUGCCUAUCCUAACACCAUAAAUGCUGCUCAAGCUAUCCAUUUCUGCUGCUCUAAUUCUUGAUUUUUCAUACUUGUACCAUAUGAGUAUCUCACAACGAUGCUUAUAUGGCACCGCCUUUCUAUGCAACCUUGUCUUAUUCUUUCUAACCAGGGCAGUUAUUGCAGCGACCACAUUCAUUCCUAGACUUGCUUCACUCUCAAUAUGUGCACAAAUUCCUCCUCUGUCAAUUACAGUUAAUAAUAAUUAACACGUCUAGGAUGUCUUCAUUUAUUUCUAAUUGACACACUUCCCUUCACUUUUCAUCAUUAUUAUUUUACCUUUGUCUUUAUUCAUAUUUAGCAGUCUUCUCUCACAUACAUCAAUCAAACUUCCAUCUAAUGAACAAGAGGAUAUGAGUGAAAAUGGGAAGCCUAGAUGAGUUAGGAUAUCAUAGGGAAGUAUUCUUUUCGUGAGUAGUGAGCAGGUGGAGGCCCACUCCAUUUACAGCUUCAGGAGAUGAUUAAUUGAUAAAUAAGUAACACGCUCAUAUUGUACAUACAUUCAUACAUACAUACACAUUAUAUAUAAUAUAUUAUAUAAUAUAUGCAUAUAUACCAGUUAAACUUUCAUGAAUUAUAGAUUUGAUAAGAUGUCAUGAACAGCAAUUUAAUGAUAAAGAAAUAUUAUGAAAUGUGUGUUUUAAGACUACAUGUUGAAAUAUAAUAACAGAAUAUACUGCAGUCUGUUAUUAUACAUUUAAAUAAAUAUGGAUAAUCUAGUACAAUCUCAAGUGUAAUUGGCAUUUGAAAAGAAUUUGUUGUUAUCUUUAUGUGGGUGUAGUGGAUGUCAUUAUCCCAAAUGUGAUUUCAGUGUCCGAGAUGGGAGGGAAAAACAUAGUGCGUUUGAAAGUAUAUGAUCGUAAUUAAGCUGGUUGUUAGUCUUUCAUUAAAAGGGUGACAAUUAAAUGAUUUCAUUAUACAAUUGGUAGGUUUAUUAUAAAAAAAAAUCACAUUACAUGUGAAAUGUUCUUUAAUGAGUUUAAAAUAUCAACACAUAAUUUUCCUAAGUUUCUAGAUUUAUAAGAUUUUAGGCUGUAUAUACUGUAUUGGAGUGUUGUUGUUUAUAAAUAUCAUAUUUUAUAACUUAAUUUCAUAGUAUGUAUAUGUAGUCUAGUCAUAUAUUUUAUGUGAUAAUGCAUGGUAUUUAUUCUUUGAAUAUUGCAUUUGCUUUCAAAAUUGUUUGAUCCAUCAAUUUGUAUCUUAGAUGUUGCAGCAAACAAUGCAACAAUUUUUACUCCAUAUAUGUGGUAUAUCUCAAAUAGUUUUUAUUUCUUCUCCCUUAAUAUAUAUGAUUUUCACACCUCUCUCAUAUCUCAAUACAUUCACUGGUACGUAUUUGUAUGAGAGCAUUGUGUGUGUUGAUUCUUCGGCAUUUGUAUGAAGGCCUUCAUGCGUUGACUGUCUGGUAUAUGAAGAGGGUCAGCGCACAUUGGUUCUUCAGUUGUCAUAAUCUCUCAUUCACUACAAAGUAUUUUUAUUUGGUAUAUGUUUAUAUUUGACCUAUAUACAGCUUGCCAUUUCUCCACUGUCCUGCCUUUCAUAUACAGGGUAUUAAUCUUUUACUCCUUUUGUGAUCUUCAACUCUGGGAAUGCUUCCUGAGAUCUUGGAAAACCCUCUUAUGCCUAGCAUGUGUAUUUAUACAGUGGUAGUAUUAGGCAUCCAUCAGUCUCAGGAGACCAUGGAGUUGCACUCUGGUUGUCGGUCUGGAGUAGCCUCUCCAGGGCGUAAAGCCAGGGUAGGUUGAUACAGGAAAAAAGCAGUCACCUCAUGCAGCAGGUCCCCCUCCUCUCCACGGCGCCGAAAGUCUCCAAUGGAAAGGCAAACGCCAAUGCGAUUGGUUCCAGCACCGUCGCAGGAACGGUUAGAACAAGGUUGGAAGCAACAACGAACAGCCCUAGGGGCUCCAGCUCAGGAGUUUACCUGGAAGUUGGUGAAAGAAGGCACAGGGACUCCAAACCUGGAGACUGUCGUGGUCGGGACCAGAGAAGAACCACCUCAGCAAGGGCAUGAACGACCCCAGCCUCCUGAAGCAGAGCUUGGGCCGCAUGUGCCCCAGGAGGUGAAUGUCCAAUCCCUGCACCUACAGGUUCCAGACAGAUCGUCACAGCCCACCAUUCACUCGAGGCCAGCUUCCUUCAUGGCCCAGCAGAAGGAUGAGUAAUAAUUAUUAAUUACAACAAUUAUUAUUCUAAUUAUUAUCAUAAUAAUAAUAUAAUUAAUUAAAAAUUAUUACUCUUCCUUCUACUGGGUCACAGAAUAAUAUCUGUGCCCAAAAUAGUCAUGAGCGUUGUUGGGUAUUGGGGUUAAAAGUCAGAUGACUUUCCAAUACUUUUGUACUGUCUGUUGGCUGAGUGGCUAUAGUAUCGGACACGUCAAGGGCCAUAGAGGCCCUGGCUGACCCGGUUCAAAUCCUUCAGAGGAUCAAGAGUUUCCUGAUGCAUGUUGGCUUGGAGACCAUUCAAGCUUGAUGCAUAUACUGUAUGUAUGUGUGUGUUUAUAUAUACAGAGGAGCCUCGAUUACCGAAUUUCAUCUGUUCCGGCAUCGAGCUCGUCACGUGAAACGCUUGUCUUGCGAAGUGAAUUUCCCCAUUUAAAAUAAUGGAAAUAAAUUUAAUGUUCCACUCCUGAAAAAAUAUCAAUAUGAAAUUAUAUAAUGUAAUUAUAAUACAUAUAAUUAUUAUAAAUGUUUUGUUUUAAUGUUUCAAUUGUACUUUACCUUAUGAAAAGUCGUUGCUGGCUUGAGGGAGACGAUGGGGAGGUGGGGAGGAGAGGGGUUACUGUGUGGAAGGAGAAUCUACCUCCGAGUCAGGCGAUAUCCUUCUUCAAAUCUACAGUAAUUGUGUCUUUCUUCCUCUUGACAACACUAUCUUUAGCAAGCAGCUUCUUUGGUGACAUCGUGGGUUACAAAUUGUAGGCACAACAGGUACUCUGAGAGAGAACUCUGUCAACAUCAGAGGCCCGAGACUGUUCAACACGCUUCCACUACACAUAAGGGGCAUAACUGGCCGACCCCUCACAGUGUUCAAGAGAGAACUGGAUAAGC